CCAUCUGCUUUCACUUCACUCAAUUAUACAAAUACCCAGCACUCCUUUGCCCUCACAUUUCUGUACAUAUCUGCAAAAUGUCCUUAACACUCUUUUCAACCACUAAGGCUCUCCGUAGUGCAUCGCGACAUUCUCAAUUCGCGCUUUUUGAUUUUCUUGCCCCAAGUAUCGUAACAUCAAGCCAGACAAUCCGCGCCUCGCUAUUUCAUUCCACAACCUCGCCAAUUGAACCUCUCCAAAACGCUCAAACCUCGCAUCCGCAAUCUCUUCAAAAUGAGCCCUCUAGGAAGCCCCUAACACAAUCGCAACGCGACUUCCUCGACAGUGCUCUGCGCGUCAACCAAGCUGGCGAACUCGCCGCAGUCCUAAUCUACGCCUCGCAAACCCCUCUCGUAAUCCGCUCACACCCGCAUCUCCGUCCCUUAAUGCAACACAUGUACGACCAAGAAGCCGGCCACUUCUCUACCUUCAACCAACUCAUCGCCAAACACCGCGUCCGCCCCACGCUCAUGUACCCAGUCUGGAAAGCUGCCGCGACUGCGUUGGGCUGGGGCACAGCGCUGAUGGGCCGUGAAGCAGCGAUGGCGUGUACGGAGGCUGUGGAAACGGAGAUUGGUGGGCAUUACAAUGAGCAAGUCCGGGUAUUGCUUGACUGGGCAGAGAAGUUGGAGGGGCGGGGAGAGGGGAGUGAGGAGCUGGAUGGGUUGUUGAAGGAGUUGAGGCGGAUUCGGGAUGAAGAGCUGGAGCAUUUGGAUCAUGCGGUUCAGAAUGAUGCGAAGAGUGCGGAACCAUAUGAGUUGCUGACAAAUGUGAUUAGAGGGGGUUGUAGGACGGCGAUUUGGAUUAGUGAAAAGGUUUGAGUGAAUGUUUGUACGAUCUGUAUUGUAGUGCUCAUAGGUCAGCCCAGAAGAAUUGUGAAU